GUACGAAGCGCAUCAUCAGUUUACGUUUUCCGUAAUUUCACACCAUAUAGCACAUACAUUAAAUAUUCAAAAUGUUUCAAUUGGUGACACGCGGGGGGGAGGCAUAAAGUAUACAUACGUGCAAUGAAGCAGCCACUGGCCAAAUAGGUGCGUUUUUGUGGGCGGUCAGAUCAACCGCUACCCCUGCCAAGUGCUGUGUUGUGUGUGUCUUGUGUGGAGAUUUGUUGAAUUCAGGAUUUACAGACACACCAGAUUGGCAGUUCAGAUUCCGGUAUUGAUGUUUUUUUCCUUCGAAAUUUGUAUGGAUAAUUAAUUACACGAGAGCAGCGCGCGGUCGGUGAUGGACUGAUGGUAGAGCUUAGCCGCAGUGGGAAAGAAAAAGGUGGAUGCUCCUCCCUGCAAGAAGCGAAUUUAAUCGAUUAACGCACAUUGGCUCAAAUUGAGUUUGCUGGUUUCGUGUUCGUUGGUUGGGAAACAAAUUUGGAACAAAUUUUUCGUACCACGAAUAGCAGUCAAUAGGAAUUUUCCCGGCCAAGUGAACAGCGUGUGGCCGGUUGUGUAUGUAGUUGGAGGUAAAUGUGCUGUUUUCCGGUAAAACUUUGGUUUCGAUUUCAUCGAAUAAUUAGCGAGUUCUAUCUGGUGAUUGGUAUCGAUGGUGUGCGAAAGCUAGUGAAAAUCGUUUCCAAAUGUUGUGAAAUGUGGGUGAUAAUCGAAGAAGAAAAAAAGAUAAAUGAAAUGAUCGAAACCCUGUGAAUUGAAUCCGAACAUGGUGAACAGUAUUGAUUAUUAAGAAACAAGUUUUUUUUCUUCAAAUGAUAACGUGUACAGUGAAUUGAAAAGUGAUUUUGAGCAGAAUUCAACUAAUCGUUAAAAAUCGAUUUAAAUUUGCAAUCCAUAGUUGGAGUACACAAUUCAGGCGCUCCAACCGACAGACUAGUGGAAAGAAGAAGAAUACAUACCUAAUGAAGUCUCAGUAUUUGCAACGGAAAUAGUUGAGAGCGUGGUUGAUACAGAAACGCCGUGCCAAAUCGUGCCCCAUUCUCUGCACAGCUGUACGCGAAGCCACGUGUGCUGAUGUACGUGUUCACCGUCCUUAGUAGGAGGUAAGGUGCUAAAGCUAUAAAAAAUUGCACCUUUACACCGCUACGAUAGAUGAAACAUCUUUGUAGCACGUCCGGAACGGGUGAAUCUACGUCCGAGCACCGGUGAGUCCUUGCCAUCUCAGCAGGUGAAAGGACUUGCGAGCCGCGCUAGUGCGAAAGAACUCGAAAGGAUAUGUACUGCCAUCUGUUGGUGGCCGGAGGGUAUGAGUCUUCAAGGUGCACGCAAGUUGACUCUGACACUGGGUGUGUCUGCAAACCGGCAGUUUUUCCAGCAUAUUCUGCAAAACUUAUACAAACGCAAGAAUUAAGGCGAUAAAUCUUUGAGAUUUCCAUCAUAAAUUACACCUACGCUUCGCUGUGCUCUGCAUCAAAGGCAUCAUGUGUUCAAGUGACAUAAGCGCGUAAAACAGUGUGGUAACCAACUCUGGUGGAACAGAGAAAGUUCGCGGUGAAGAAUGAAAAAGUGCUCUGAUGUGAGUGGAGCGUAUUAGAAGGGAUGUUUUGUCGUUAGUAGCAUGGUUCGUAGUACACAUCUCGCAGUCGAAGUACAAAUCCAAUAGCGGUUGCCACAGCAAAACUAGACCAGGUCUGAAAAAACAGCAGCUAAUGACAUAAAAGACACAUUUGUGACUCCAUCCGACACUUUGUUGAUUCCGGAGAGCAGCAGGAAAUGGGGUAUCAGUGCUUGUGAAGGUGUAAGGAAAAGUUAUGUGAAACUGUAACCAGGAGCGAGAAAGUGGGAAAAGUGCACCCAGUGAAGAAAAAAAUGGAGUGAACGACAAGCGAGAAAAGAAAUUCCACCAGUUGAAUUUGGUUUAGUAAACUAACGGGAUGUGAGGGUAUUUGUGUGGAAGAACGGCAGCAAAAGUUAUCCGGAGUUUUCAAACCAGGAAAGAGCGAGUGCGGUGUUGGUUGUAAAAAAAAAGAAGUGAAGAUAGAAGAAACAUUACGCAUCAAGAGAUCCUUAGCAGCAUUACCUUCUCCGUAGCAUGUGGAAAUGAUGAAGAGUACGCCGCAACAUCGUAAUGAGUGAAGUUGUAUCGGGACAGCGCAUUCAUCAUACAUAGGAUUUUAUAGCAGAGAAUGUUUCCAUAGCAAUGGGAAAAGCCGCGCGACGGUCAGUUGCGUCAGAUCCGUCGUCGCCGACCUUGUCCUUUCUGCAUUCAUCACCCAUCACGUCAACUGGCGCAGCCUCACUGUCCGGAGUCUCUGCAGUUGCUAGCUCAUUGUCCUUCAGCCGGAGCAGCAGUAGUAGCAGCAGCUCUUCAUCACCAUCAUCAUCCAAUACGUCCAAUCACCCACCAAAAACCGCAACACUUCACACGACACCAUCACUUGGGGCGAAUUCCGACCCUCUCGAUCCAUUGGACGCAACGGGAUACUUUUACACGUCGUCUCCCGACCCGGAGGACACAACACCGGCGUUCAGUACGAUCACUGACAGCAACAACUACACCGACAACAGUAACAGUAGCAACACAACUGUUGCCAAUACUACUGCUACUACCGGUACUAACGACAGUGACGGUAGUACCGGCACAGCUAGUGUGUCCGAAAGUUUUACGGAAAACAUCCUCAACACCGAUCGAAAUACCUCGCUCUCACCACCCUCGUCUCAUCUCUGUAGCAAUCAAUCGCAGACCGAGUGGAACCGGGAACGACAACGAAUGGAGUUCUACGCGACGUACGACGUGAUGACCGGUGUUCGGAUAGCGGCCACACUUGGUGGCUUCUUUGGCCUUAUGGUGUUUCUUGUGAUCUACAAAAGUCGCAGUCGGUCGACGGCGAAAGCGUUAAAGGAUCCAACGAUAGCGGCAGUUGCAGCAGCCGUCAUCCAAGAGGAAGAAGAACGCGAACUUCAGGAAGCGAUCGAAGCCACGGCAUUCUCGCUGCUCCAAGAGGAGUUGAGCAUGAACUAUCCAGGCAUGAAACGUGACCGGCUACAUUCCCUGGGAAAUGUUAGCGCACCGCCAUCACUGAACCGAAGUUACCGGUUUGCGUCCGUUGGCGGUGGGUACAGCAGCCUGCUGAAUCCUCCCCGGCGAUAUUCGUAUGCCAGCAGCCGAGCACAUCGGAAUAGCGUUUCGGUAUCCUCUCGAGUGCUCAGUGCCUACAAUAUGGGCGACAGUUUCGGCCAAGAUGAUUAUUUUUUAGAGAGCGAUGGCGAGGAAGCUGACGACGAAUUCGAUCAGUAUACCACCACGGCAGACGUCGGCUAUCCCACUGGGAACUAUCUUAUGGUUCCAGGGAGGGCAAUUGAAUCUCGGCGAAGCAGUGCAAUGACCUGUUGCAGUACGGAAAGUUCAUUCUUGGAACGACGAUGUUCUGCCAUCACUUUGGGAUUAUCCUCGCUACCACCGAUUUCAAGAUCUGUGUCUCGCAGGCAGAGCCGUGAUGACCGAGGUCAAGCCAUAGGCAAUGACACCUCAUUAGGUGCAACCUGUGCGGAUUGGGACUCGUUUAAUCCCGGAAUCAACAUAAUCGAAGCAACGCCGAAAUCCUCACCGUGCCCUAGCGAACGAGUUACGCACACGUCUUCGGGUCUCUCGGUACGUGAGCAUUCUGCCGGUAGAAAACAUCCACUGUACGAUGAUAGCUCGAUCGAUUGUAUAUCUGCGUAUCCUGAUACGAAUGGUGCUGAUUUUAGUUGCUAUAACCAAGCACUGCUAAGACAGAGCUACGGCAGUAACACUAGAAUAGAUGAUAUUAGUAUAACGAAUCAUAAUCCUAGCAAUGUCGUUGUUCGUAGAGCUCCUCUUGCCUCGCUUAGUUCCUUCAAGAUGUCCUCGGCAGACUGCCAGGAUAGUGAAUUGCGUAGCUACGGAUCGGACUCGGUGUUUGAUGAUAGCUGUGCAGAUACCGACGAAGAUCUACAGCAGUUCAGCACCGACAGUGAUGAGCUUAGUAUUCCAGACGAGGGCGAAUGUUCCGCCGGUUCAAAAGCCGUUGCGAAAAUCACUCCUUCCGGUACUUCAGCAAUUGGUACCACUGAUGUCGGCGGCGCUAGCAGUAGCAGCAGCAGCUGUAACCGAUUACAGCAACAGCAAUACUGUGAUGUUGCUCGUGGUACCGCCAGUGAUACUAUUUAUGUCGAUAUCGAAAAACCUACCAAUGAUACUAGUUGUUUAAGUAGUCUUUCAAAUAGCAAUCGGCGCGGUAAGGCGAAACUGAAAUCGGAUAAAGGAAAUUUAGCGACUAGAAUCGAAACAAAAGCAAUCAUCGAAAGACAGCAGCAAAAUGACAGACGAGAUCGAUCCCCAUCACCACGGUCUCGUAAUCUGGCGGUGCCACAGCCACACCGGUCGGCUCCAACGAUAGUCAGUGGUAGUAGUAGUUUGCCUAGCAGCCAGUCUAGCAGUCGUUUAUUAAGCCAUUACAGUAAGGAUAACAAUAACACUAGCUCUAAUAAAACUAUUAAUAAUGAUAACGACGAUAAUAGCAAUCCAGUCGAUGAGGACAGUCAUAAUAAGUGCGUUGAAGUUAAUGUUAUAAUUAAAAACCAUAGCAGUACUAUCAGAAGUCCCUCUGUGAUUCUUGAGCUACCCAUACUGACAAUAGACGAGGAAGGCUCGCAAUUGUCUCUUACACCGGUAGAUCCCAGCGUUCCGGGUCCUUCGCGGAAGUGGUCCAAGGAGACACUGUUCUAGUCGUAUGGGUGUCGGCUUUACUUGAUUCGUUUUUCUCUGUUGUUCGAGUCGUCGAUAGCUCAUAGCAUGGAACCGCGUGGUUGGCUUAUGUGAAAAAGCCUUACGCCGACUGUCGAUACAUGCAUGAAUCAACCUCAAAUAUACUAAUGCCGAGUUAAAAUCUGUCAAUCCGUCCAGCAAUGCUUCUCAAAUCUAAAAAAUUCUUCGUUUAAGUCCAAUGGUGUACUGGUCACUGGCACCUCACAGUAUGAAUGAACUCAAACUGGAAUAUACAACUCAAGUGUCCCCGAAAUUUCUUCGCGCCUUCUAUUGGAAUCUCGACUUACCAGAUUAUACACAUCUACGACAAUACCAUGUGAACUCUCAUCACUCAUCACCCUUACCGGUAAAAAAGUUUCCAAUUGACAAAAUGAACCGCAUAUAUGCUGCUAGCGAUCAAAAACAAUCUAUAUAGCAAAAUGGAAAAAAAAGUUUAAAUCAAUUAAAUGUGCUUGAUAGCAAUUAUGAAGAAUAUGUUAUAAGUAUAUUCUAUGUUGGCGUACGAACACAAUCACGAUAGGAAGUAGUGUGGGAAUUUCUAGAUGCCACCGUUCAAGAUAAACAAUGAAAACAAUCGUUGAAACCGAACAUAGGAACUUAGGUAACGAGGAUCAAAACAUUACAAGAUAGUAGAAAUUUUAUUUUUUGUUUUUUUUUCGAGGAAACCAACAAACGCGAAAAUAAGUUUGAAGAAAAGAGGGUAUGUCAUCGCAAACAUGUGCCUACAAAUCAUGUAUAUUUAAGAAGGAUGCAAAUUAUUAAUUAUAUUACCUGCUAACAGUAAAUCUUUAAUGUUGUUGUACGAAAAUCGAAGGUAACAGUUUUCACUCGAUGUACUAGGAAACGUCGAGGUACACUCCGGCACUGAGCUAUUCCUCUGGUGUCAUUUCAAUGCCAGACGAUGUUAAUGUAUGGAAAUGCCAGCUACGAAGAAGUAUUUAUGUAAUACUUUCUACUACCAAACCGCUUGUUAAACCUGAUACAUCCUCCUAUGUCACAAAUAUAGGAUCAAUCCCGUCCUUCAAUUGAACGUCGUUUGUGCCGAUAGUAUUUUUCUCUUUCUUUUCGAAACUAUUACUUCCUACCGUACUGUUGCUCAGAACAAAACAUAAAUAUAAUAGUGCCAAUUAACCUCAACACUGAAGACCAGAGCUUCGCCACAAAAUCGUGAUGAAUUUCUGUGGAUUUGGCCUCAGUAAAUAUGCAUCACAAUCAAAUGCUAAUGUACCGACGACCCGACCGACUGCCAGCCAGUUUGAGUGUGCUUGUUCUUUUCUGCACGAUCCGGACCCGGUAUCGUCUGGCAGUCAAUGGCGGAAUGUUCGUACGAUGCUGUCUUUGAUAAUGGGAGACAUGAAAAAAUAGUACGACACUUUCGGCCUAUGGGAAAUAAGGACCAUGAACUGGGGUUCACUGGGGUAAGGUGCACUUGAUUGAAUGUUUUUUUUUUGCAUGAAAAUAUCCAUCGAUUACUAUUUGUAUAUCUAUUUAAUGGAUUCAAUAGAUGACUUCAAUUCGAGCAAUAUUCUUUGAUUCCAAUUUUUCUACUGCCUCGCAGCAUUGCAUAUUUUUACCAUAAAGAAGAUCAUUACACCGACUUCCCUCCAGAAGCGGCCGUAUCCCGAGCGCACCGUAACAACCAGUUGAACAGGAAAUCAGUGAGACAAUCGAGAAAGCCACACUUCGGUGGGGCUCCAGCACCUCCCACCGAAUCAUCGGCGGCUUUCGGAUUCGGUGCCCACACUGGGAUGGAAGCAGACUGGGAACCGGGAAAGAAAAACAUCUGAAAGCUUGACGCUCUUUGCAUAUUCAUGAGACUUCCCAGCGACUUUCUCUUGCCUUAUAAUAGCGUGCAGCAAAAAAAAAUAACUCAACCCCCAGUAGAUUUCCCUCGAUGAACUGCUGCUACUGGUACCAUGCAUAUAGAAAGCGGGAUUGUGUAUGCCUGAUUUCGUGACUGGUGAGGUGUCUUUAUGUUUACGUACCGUUGCCACCAUCUACGCUGCUAUCGCCGGAGAACGAACAUUUCCGGUGCUAGUAAUUGAAAAUUAAAUUGUUCUCACUGGAAGAAAAAAAACAAUUGUCAUCCGACGCCUUUGCCUUCCGACGCUGUCAGCCUCUACAAACGACUUUUAAAUCAACACUUCAUAUUUUAUGUUUAAUGCUAUUUCCUGGUUACGAACGUAUUCUCUAUCCCUAUAUAUUGAAUUUGGGGAAUGUGAACGGCAUUCGAUAUCUGAGUGCUUUGCAAUUUCAUUUUCUUUAUGCAAAGAUAAAUGGAGGAAAUCCUGAUAGGAAAACGCACAAACAUUUUGUACACUUAGGUAAAUUAUGUAGAAUUUGUUCUUAGUAAAUGACAAGCCACAGUGCUUUCCGGCAGGGUUGGGUGGUAAAACUUCCAAAGUUACCACCCAUCACUGGCUGAGUUUACAUUUUGCAUCAUUCACCAUUUGUUGGUGGUAAACCAAACGAAGUUAAAACAUCCGCAGUUAAGAUAGCACAUUUAUUUUGCUGUUGUUAGCAGUCUAGUCAAGUUUAUUGUGAUUAGUAGAGUAUCGAGAGUGGAUGCAACGAAGUCGAUGUUUACCGGAUGUAUGUGAACCGUAGUUAUGCUAGUGUAGGUGAGUGAUGCUGAUUGCAUAUUGUAACCCCAAUACACUUUCAACCUAAUAGUUUUAUCAUUCACAAUUAUCAUCACAUAAUCUCAUCGUGAAGCUGAGCAAUCAGAGAACAAAUCGAAAGAAACUAGACAUAUGGAACGAUCAUAUAUCGAAGUGUGAUAGGUCUACUUUCCAAUGCAUGCGAAAGCUGAAAACUAUCGGUAUCUUCCAAGGUGCAAUCAAAUUUAUUUGAAAAUAGCUGAUUAUUUAGUGAUAUCUACAUGAUUUUCUUUGUGUACUGUACUUGUAUACAUGGACAUAAUUUGGUUUCUACAAAUGAGGAAAUAAGAAAAUGAUUUCGGGAAAAUUGUCAUUAUUAUGCCAAGACGAAUCCGUUAUAGAUUGUGUAAAAGACUCUCCAUUCAUGGUGAGUAACGGUUUGGUGUGCGGUCACGAAGUAAAGAAUGAUCGGUUCCCACUUCUUCGAUGGCAUGAUACGUCAUUUCAGCAGAUUGGAGGCAUGUGUCAUACCUCACGAGAAACGUUGGCAGUGUUGAAAUCAUUUUCAGAAGCAUUGAUUUUCCUUGGUCGCCGUGAUCGCAUGAUUUAUCGCGCUGUGACAUCUAUUUAUGGAGCUAUUUAAAGAGUAAAGUUUACAUCAACAAGCGCAAGACUUUGGACGAUCUGAUGAACAACAUUUGCUGUGACAAUACCGAAAUUGAUACCGAUACGUUGGAAAAAGUGGUCAAUGAUUUCUUAAAACGGUUCGAAAAUUGCGUACCAAGUAAUGGGCAUCAUUUGUUUGUCAAAUAUUGUUUUUAAAAAAUAAAAGAUUGUAAACCUUCAUUUUUCUACUUUUUAUUACUGGUUAGUUGUUUCUUCUAGCACUUCGGAGCUUUUAUCAAAUUACAUAAUAAAUGUGUCAGGUUCAUUUGCGCAACCCUGUACUAGCCAGUGUUGGUGAUUGCCAAAAAUUUGACAUAAGCUGCUAUAUUGCUACCUAUAUUGGAUACAACAUUUUCAAUCCGGUAGAAGAUGCUACAAGAACUCAAGUCUCUCAAUGCAUGAACCGCGAGCAGGGCUUGCAAAAUGAAGCAAUGAAUAUUAAACAUCUGUGCUAUUCACACACAUUCGUAUGUCAGGUAGAAUUCACAGCGCAACCCAAGCAAGGAAAGCUGCUUCGUUCGUUCAUUAGUUCAUGAAUAUGCCCGCUAUCUGAGACCUCUGCUCCACGAGGUUAGCAUUUGAUGAAUGGUUCUCAUAUUUAAGAUGCCUAUGAAGAAACUAGAUUCAUAACUUUUAGUUCCGAUGAAUAUUAAUUUAAAGAACAUUGCUUUUAAUGUUUCUAGGAUAUGUACACAAUGUAAACUCCCAAGAAACAAAUUGAUCGUUCUGAAAAUGGGCUCAAAUGCAAAAUUUCUGCUAUAAAAUGUUUAAAGUAUUUUUGAAAUGUGAUCAAAUUUGGUCUUAGAAUGCAAACAUUAUGUUCAAAAAUGAUUUCUGUAAACCUACACUGUGAAAACACCAUAAACAUUGCCUAUUUGACUUUGCUUCGCGUCAUGUAGCACGCCGUGAAGCAAGGCCUUCUUUCUCAUACAAUACUAACGAGAGCGAAUCCUACAUUUCAUUAUAUUGCCAUGGAUUGCUUAGUUAAUGUGUUAACUGAGACUGAGAGCACAGGCAAUUUACUAUAGGCAAGGGAAUUGAUCUGCUCAGUAGCAUAUACUCUCACGCAUUUCUCUCUAAUAUAGGUCUCUCAUUCAGCUAUGUCAAGCAAAGUGUUCACAGCGGAUGUUUUUUGUUGCUUCGUUCGUUUGAGAAUUCACAAUACAAGCCCUGACCGCGAGAGAAUUUUGCUACAUUUCUUCGCUCCACUUCAUACUCUGAGUAUUGCACGCCCUUAAAAAAAUUUACAGCCUGAUGAUGAUCGUUGCUGUGUGGAAUUUCCCCAGAGAGAAUCGCAAGUAGACAAUUAUCGCAGAAAAUCGAAUCGAUGAUUCAACUUGAUGAUGCUCAUACUAGGUUGCAAUAUUUCAAAACCCUUGUGUAGAGCAUUCACAGACAUUUUUAUAGACACAACUUAUACAAAGGUUAAAUGCACGUAGUUAGAAUAAGCGGCAAUAGUAAAAUGAUUCUAUCGCAAUUAUCAACUGCCUGUAUAGAAUCGGAUCGCGAAACGAAAAUAAGCGACCGUUUGUUGCUUCAGAGAGGAUCCUCACAGCAGCGUGCUAACCUUUGAUUCACAAAAAAAUCAUCGAGAGAAAUUCUCUCUCGCACUGGUUUCGAUUCUAUGUUAAAUGAGUCAUGCCGGGUUUUUGUUGUUGCGAUGAUAUCCGUCUCUCUUUGAUGGCACUGAUUCAAUCGUGUGAAGAGUUGCCAGUGAGCGUUCUUUGAUACGAUAAAAGCCAUCCUUGGUACUAGCCAACGCGCCGGCAUUCUCACUCAUUAGUUUAGAAGUCUGCGUAUGAGGAGGGAGUUUUGUCUUAAAUCUACGUGGACUAAUAUUUUUUCAAAGUUUCAAAGAUUUUUAACUCCGUAUUCCAAUAAGCUUGAAUCAUUUUGUAUCUUGUUUGUUAUUAUAUGAAGUACUCGAUAAAAAUAUAGUUUAACUACUUUACAUACCUUACGCAAGAAAUAUUGUGUAAAUGUAGAUGAGUUAUAUUAGCAAAAUAAAACUUUGUAUACUCUAGAAUCAUAACUCCAAAUGGCAUCCAAAAAAUAUUAUGAAAAUGUUCUACCAUUAUUGAGUAAUGAAUAAUGUCUACGAAAUUCUAUGAGUGUAAAAUUUCUGAAUAUCGCUCUUCGUGAUUUAUGAACGGCUACCAAGAGCAGUGAUGGCAUUUUACUAGAGUGAUACACGCUGGUGUAAGAUUUAUGUCUACACUGGGGAUGCAGCAAAUGAGCACCACACAAAAAGGGAAAAGAGCUCUUCUUCUCAGUGUCGAAUAGACAAACUUUCAGGGUGUGAUUGUGUUUAAAGAAUCUGGUGCGAGUGAACCACAUUCUCUUCGCAUGAAUCGUUCUCACGCGCUCUAGCCUGAAUACACCCAAGUGAUCACAUGUGCGUGCUAGAGAGAGUCACUUCUACGUUUUGUUAUUUGUUUAUAUAUAAGAUAGCGCUGGCAUUGCUAUGAAAAUCUUUUUCGCAGUAUGGAAAAGCGAAAUUGCUGAAUAUGCGUAACCAACGCUUUUUUGUGGUGCUCGUUUGCUGCCUCCCCAGUGUAGACAUAAAUCUUACACCAGCGUGUAUCACUCUAGUAAAAUGCCAUCACUGCUCUUGGUAGCCGUUCAUAAAUCACAUAAAGCGAUAUUCAGAAAUUUGACACUCAUAGAAUUUCGUAAACAUUUUUCAUUAUUCAAUAAUGGUAGAACAUUUUCAUAAUUUGAUAAAUGCAUGCCAUUUGGAGUUAUGAUUCUAGGGCAUACAAAGUUUUAUUUUUCUAAUAUAUCUCAUCUACAUUUACACUAUAUUUCUUCCGUAAGGUAUGGCUAAGUAGUUAAACUAAAUUUUAAUCGAGUACUUCAUAUAAUAACAAACAAGAUACAAAAUUAUUCAAGCUUAUUGGAAUACGGAAUUAAAAAUCUUUGAAACUUUGAAAAAAUAUUAGUCCACGUAGAUUUAAGACAAAACUCCCUCCUCAUACGCAGACUUCUACACCAUACACCAGCGCGCUUACCGGCAUGUAGACUUCGGCGAAAAUAUCUGCGUCCACCUCAGAGAAUUCAUGAGCUCUGCACUAGCACUUUGGUGUGAUCCAGUGCUAGAGGCGAAAGAGAAUUAACACGCGCUCUCAUGAUGCGUGCAUACUCUAUAUAACAGUGGUGUAUUGUGUGAAAUAGAUGAGCUCUCAUCGAAGUUGUCAGUUCUCUUCGUCGCACAGAGGCCAACAUCUCAGCCAAGAGUUGUCCAACAGUUGUUGUAUGUUCGAACUCCGACCAGGAAGGACUCUUAGUGUCAUCAAGAUCGUAACACCAGCCAUGCAAUGAUUCUACGCGCUAUGAAUCGACCGCAAAAUCUGUCGAAACAGAAGGUCAAAUUCCAUAAAUGCAAUGCUAUGUCGAAGCUUUUCCCAAGAGCAUCGUACUAAUGGCUUAAUUCAACACAUUUUCGGUCUGCCUCCUCAUCCACCUUAUUUGCUCAAUUUGGCUCCCUCCGACUGUAAUCUCACUAGAAACGAAUCCAUAAAAAAGAGAUGAUCGUUCACACCACGGAGAUGUUUUUUGCAGACUUUCCAACAAUCAAUUUUUGGACGGGAUGAAAAAACCGAGAAAAUCUCUCAAAAAGAGAAUCGACCUUAGAGGACCUGCUUAAGAGGAUGCUUUUUUUCAUAUAACAUUUUGGAAGAACAACUCUACAAAAAUAAACGGAUGAUGUUAUUUAGGCAGUUUUUUUUCGUUUUCUGCUCUCGAUAUCAGGCCCGUACCCAUGAUUUUAUUUCAAGAGGGGCCUAAAGAUGAAAAAAUAAUGUUACUGAAGAUUGCUUAUGUGCCUAAUUCUCGGUGUCCCUUUUACAGCUGUUUUUAACAUACACUUUAUACUUUUCCUCUGGAACUAAUAUUGUAUUACAUUUCAUUACGUUUACUGUCUUGUUAUUUCUGUAACACAUGUC